GUAUAGGAAAAACAAGGAAGUAGACGGAAUUUCACAUGAAUGAAAACAAACUCGGAGUGGACACGCAGCAGAGCCAUAAAACAUUUAUGGUGUCGAUAAAGAGCAACGAUAAAUGCGGUCCAAGCAGUUUUACAGCUGCUGACAGGUUAUUCCUACAGACAGCCCUCAUGCCAGAAUGAAGGCAGCUAGAAGUACCAUGUUGGCUGCUGGAUUAUCCAACAACAAGGCCAAGUAUUCACGGCUGGCUGCCAGUGAUGAUGGUUAUAUUGAUUUACAGUUCCAGAGAAGUCCACCAAAGAUCCCAUACAAUGCUAUUGCGCUGGCAAUUUUCUUGUUUCUCAUUGGCUCUGUCCUGAUCAUCUUUGGGACUCUUCUCCUGACAGGAACCAUUGAGGUCGAGCAUCCCGACCGUACCAUUCCCCUCAUCAUCAUUGGCGUUCUCGUCUUUCUUCCUGGGUUUUACCAUCUGAGGAUCGCCUGCUACGCCGCGAAGGGUUGCAGAGGAUACUCCUACGACGACAUCCCAGACUUUGGAGACUGAGCUGAGCCUCCAGCUGUAACCAGGAUCAUGACCCACCCCUCCUUCAAACUUUAGCUGCUUCACUUUACGAUUAGAAGUAGCAAAACUCACAUCAACACUCAGCCAUGGAAACUUGUUAGCCUUCAUAUUAAUGCUUUAAUUUACUACAUGACUGAUUAUCUGUAUGCUGCUUGCACAGCAGUUUUAAUUACUAUGAAAAUCAAUCACAACAAUGUUGUAUCCGGAUAUGUAUGAGAGCUUGGACUGUAUUACUUUAAAACAGAUUAAGUGACUGAUGAAUAUUUUUGAUUGAAUUAUUCUUUGUUUGUAGCCUAAACUGUCAUUUUUGAAUGUAAGACAGUAUUUUAACUUGAUUUGGUAAAAAAUAAAGGACAAUAAGUGAAAAAAGAA